CUAUACUAUUGUAUAAUUUCACCUUUUGCGAAAUGAAAAUCUUGAUCAAACAUUGCUUCACUUGCCAAGAGGGCUGUUCAGGGAACCAGUGAUUAUAAACUUGUUGUUUGGAGGAGUAAAUCUUUUCCCUGAGCCAAACUGAGCUAUAUUAGGACUAAGAAUAUCAAAUUGGUCGGACCUGAGUAUUUAAAGACUGGAUUGAAGGAGUGUUAAGCAUUUGGGAACAAACAUGCAAAUAUUUCUCAUGAGUUCUAUACUCUGUUGUACAGUGGUGCAUGUCGUGAUUGCUGUGGUACAUGGGUUGGAUUACAACACGUGUACUUCGGGGGAGCCCUGGCUUGCACCAACUCCCUGUGUCAUGCAGGGCAUGCAAAAUGAGAUCAAAGACAACAGAGACAAAAUAAAGGAACUGGAGAGAAAGCUUACUCAGCAACAAGCUGUAUUUAAACAACUUAUCUUGAAGUUCCAAGGAAUAAAAGCACCUGAGCCAAACAGACGUGAAAACGAAAUUGAAACAAACACGAAAAUUGAAGAUGAAAGAAUAAGAUGGGAGAAAAUCAAGUUUAAUGUAGGAAGCAGAUGCUUGGCUCCUGAACCGACAUAUUCUUGCCCACCAGAGUUCAUAUACUACAAUGGCUCCUGCUAUAGGUUCGUUUACUCUGAGAAAGUGCAAUGGUGUGGGGCUGUACAGCGAUGCCACGAGAUGAAAGCAAAUCUUGUUCAAGUUGAUUCCCUAAAUGAACAGCAGUGGCUGGUGAGAAAGCUUAAGAAAAAUAGACAGGAGGGGAUAUACUGGACAGCUCUGCACAAUCUCCAAGACAGGUUUUUGUGGAAGAAAACUGAUGGACCCUCUGUGCCCCUAGGGGAAUUCGUCCACUGGGGAAGGAAACAGCCCAAAGAUCAUAGGUUUUCUGAGUUAUGCGUUGUGCUUUAUUCAAAACCUUGGGAGGCAAAAUGGCAUGAUUACAAAUGUAAAUCAACAUUUGGUUAUAUCUGUGAAAUUCCACUAUAAUAGGAUUUUGCAAGAAGGACACUGAACAAAAAUAUCAGGUGUCCACUUAACUUUGAUUUUGGAAAAAGUACAACUACAAAAAGAGAAAGUGUUGAAAUAUGUAAUUAUCAAAUCUGCAGCUGUACAUAGUUCAAACUACACCAAACUUUUUUACAAUUUACAACAAAAAGUAGAAAUUGGCUUUUUUGUACCAGUUAAUCAUUGCACAGACUUGAAGUUAGUC